UUGGUAGGACCGGGAUACCGGAAGUUGGCUGUCAUUCUAACCAGUGUCCUUUAGCUAACGGGAGAGGGGAGUGUGUAUCUUGUAGAAAGAUGAAUUGGUGAAUAGUCAGUGUAUGACUUUUAAAUGCAUCUGUGUCAUCUUUUUGUCAACAACAGCACCAUGUUGCGUGUUGGCAGCAGCGGCGCAUGCAUGGCAUGCAGGAAUCUGGUACCCACGAGGACGGGGGUAAGAUUUCGUAUACCACUUCAGAAGUUACACCCUCUGUACCGGGCCAUCCACCACCGUUAUGGAAACACCAGCUCUCAGCGCCCACCACAUCACACAGCGGCCCGCUAUUUCACCUCGAUGUCACGGUUGCCAAUGCGGCCACCAAAGCCUCAUCCAGGGUCAGGGGGCCGCCGCUACCAGCAGAAGCGCCACUUCUGGGUAGCCCGUCUCGCUACGAGGCUGCUGAAACUGCGAUACAUUCUUCUCGGCAGCGCAGUUGGUGGAGGAUACACCGCUAAGAAGACCUAUGACGAGUGGAAGGAUAUGCUGCCUGAUUUUAGUGAAUACAACUGGGUCAUUCCUGACUUUGUGUGGGAACUCAGUGAACAAAUAGAUUUUGAUAAGUUGGCCAAAGCUCUACCAGAGAUGGAGGAAAUAGCCAAACUACUGCCGGACUUUGACAAGAUAGGAGAGAACUUCACUUUCAUUAAAAGUCUUGUGUCUUCUGGUGUGAGUUUGGGUAGUGAAGUCAAAGGAGCUUCUGGUCUGCUUCUGUUGCUAGAAACUUCAGGUGAGCCACCAUUAAAAGCCACAGACGCUUCUUCAGCAGCCUCACAAGAUGACAGGCAGUACAAAAAGCAGGGUCUGCUCGGCGAGCUCAUUCUUAUUCAGCAGCAGAUCCAGCGGCAUGAGGAGGAGGUCCGGCGGGCAGCUGCAGCCAAUUAUGCGCGUCCCCCACCGCCAGAGCCUGCUCCCAGUCCGCCUCCGAACCCCAGUCCCCCUCAUCACACACACAAGUCUUCAGAUAAAGAAAAGAUAGAUCAGCUUCAAGAGGACUUGCUUCGUACCCAGCUCAAGUAUCAGCGCAUGCUGGAGAGACUGGAGAAAGAGAACAAGGAGUUGAGAAAAGUGGUUUUACAAAAAGACGAUAAAGGGAUUCACCAAAGAAAAGUUAAGAAAUCUCUUAUUGAUCUGUAUUCUGAAGUUUUGGACAUCCUGUCUGACUAUGAUGCCAACUACAACACACAGGACCAUUUGCCCAGGGUGGUUGUAGUUGGUGAUCAGAGUGCUGGGAAGACAAGUGUGCUCGAGAUGAUCGCACAGGCCAGGAUUUUUCCCAGAGGCUCUGGAGAGAUGAUGACACGUUCCCCAGUUAAGGUAACCCUCAGUGAAGGCCCACACCAUGUGGCUUUGUUUAAGGACAGUGGCCGUGAGUUUGAUCUGACCAAGGAGGAAGAUCUAGCUGCUCUGAGGCAAGAGAUUGAGCUGAGGAUGAGGAAGAGUGUCAAAGAAGGGCAAACUGUCAGCUGUGAGACAAUAUCUUUGAGUGUCAAAGGCCCAGGAAUCCAGAGAAUGGUCCUUGUUGAUUUACCAGGUGUGAUCAGUACGGUGACUACAGGCAUGGCAUCAGACACUAAGGAGACCAUCUUCAGCAUUAGCAAGGCCUACAUGCAGAACCCCAAUGCAAUCAUUCUCUGCAUUCAGGACGGCAGCGUGGAUGCAGAACGGAGCAUUGUCACCGAUAUGGUUAGUCAAAUGGACCCCCAAGGAAAAAGGACCAUCUUUGUGUUGACCAAAGUGGAUUUGGCCGAGAAGAACCUGGCCAGUCCGAGCAGAAUCCAACAGAUAGUUGAGGGCAAGCUGUUUCCCAUGAAGGCCCUGGGAUACUUUGCUGUUGUGACAGGAAAAGGAAGCAGCGGUGAGAGCAUUGACUCAAUAAAGGACUAUGAGGAGGACUUCUUCCAGAACUCCAGAUUAUUGCGGGAUGGCAUGUUGAAGGCCCACCAGGUGACCACAAAGAAUUUAAGUCUCGCCGUUUCAGACUGCUUCUGGAAAAUGGUCAGAGAGUCUGUUGAGCAGCAAGCUGAUGUCUUUAAAGCAUCCCGCUUCAACCUGGAGACAGAGUGGAAAAACAACUAUCCUCGUCUGAGAGAACUGGACCGGAAUGAACUGUAUGAAAAGGCCAAAAAUGAAAUUCUGGAUGAAGUCAUCAGCUUGAGUCAAGUGACCCCACAGCACUGGGAAGCCAUCCUGCAGAAGAAGCUGUGGGAACGUGUUUCCACACAUGUUAUCGAGAACAUCUACCUACCCGCUGCACAAACAAUGGACUCGGGAACCUUUAACACUACUGUAGACAUUAAACUGAAGCAGUGGACUGACAAGCAGCUUCCACAUAAAGCCCUUGAGGUUGCUUGGGAGACGCUGCAAGAGGAAUUUGCUCGCUUCAUGGCCGAGUACAAAGGGAAAGACCAGGAUGACAUUUUUGACAAGCUGAAGGAGGCCGUGAAAGACGAGAGCAUCAAAAGGCACAAGUGGAACGAGAGGGCCAUGGACAGUCUGAGGGUAAUCCAACACAAUGCCUUAGAAGACCGUUCCAUCACAGACAAGCCUCAGUGGGAUGCAGCAAUUCAGUUCAUGGAACAAACCUUGCAGUCACGACUCAAAGACACCGAAGCUGUAAUCAAAGACAUGGUGGGUCCAGACUGGAAGGAGAGGUGGAUGAACUGGAAGAACCGAACACCAGAUCAGCACGUCCGGAACGAAACAAAAGGUGAGCUGGAGCGCUUGCUGAAGUUGCAUGACGAGCACACCGCCUACCUGGCCAAUGAUGAGGUCACCACAGUCCGGAAGAACCUAGAAGGACGAUCGGUUGAAGUUGACCCAGUCCUUAUCAAAGACACAUGGCAUCAGCUAUAUCGACGACACUUUUUGCAAAAGGCGCUGUCCCACUGUAACCUCUGCAAAAGGGGUUUCUACUACUACCAGAGGCACUUUGUUGACUCUGAGUUGGAGUGCAAUGAUGUGGUUCUGUUCUGGAGAAUCCAGAGGAUGCUGGUCAUCACAGCCAACACAUUACGACAGCAACUCACCAACACUGAAGUCCGCCGACUAGAGAAAAAUGUGAAAGAGGUGCUGGAUGACUUUGGAGAGGAUAUGGAGAAGAAAUCUCAGCUCAUCACUGGCCGCCGGGUCCAGCUGGCCGAGGAUCUCAAGAAAGUUCGAGAGAUCCAGGAGAAGCUUGAGGCCUUCAUAGAAGCUCUACACAAAGAGAAAUAAAAUUCACAGAACUCUUGGGAAUUAAAGGUAAUGUUUCGCUCACAAAAACUAAAAUAAUAAAAGGCACUGAUAGAUUUUGAAAGUCAUGCACUGCUGGAUGUUACACAUCAAGCACACCUCAUCUGAUUUUAAUGUUCACAUCUUCGCUCCUCGGACGUAGACGGGAAGAUGGACCUCAAAAUAAGGAAAGAUUGUCAGAAGACGUUUUCUUGGAUUUUUUUUUUUUUUUUUUGGAAGGAGCUGUUCCGGAUCAAGACUAGAACUAACUUAUGGACCGGACUGCCCAUAGUUCAGACAACAAACCAUGUCAACACAGAACAGAGGAUGGCUGCAUGCUUGUGGCUCGUUUCCCCUUUUGAACAUUCAUCUUGUUUCGUAGCACUAAAGAUUGUGUUUGUGAAAUCCCUUCAGACUUUGCAUCACAUUUGAGCCACAUAAUGGCUCCAUUUGGACAGUAUCAAAUGUGGACCUGAACAUAAUUUCUGCUUGAGUAGAAUUUAAGCUCGCGCAUAUUAUGUCUGCAAAGUCCAUACAACAUACCCUCAAGUUCCUUCUUGUUUAUACGCGCAAGCGUGUCUGCGUAUGCAUGUUACGUUUUCAUGAUCGAUUUGACCUUUCACAGCUGUACCUGUUUUUCUGUGUUUCAAAAGAUUUUACUAAAAUAGUCCACUUUAUUUAAGUGUGUAAAUACAAUUGGUGAAACAUAAGAGUCAGCGUGUCUGUAAUUUGGACAAACUCAGAAUAAUAUAAUAAAUCUAAUAGAUUAAUGUGAAAA